AUGGGACAACAACCCCUUCCCUGGCGCGAGGAGCAAGCGAGAGGGCCUGUGACACGUUCCUACACUGCAGCGCGUUGUUCUAACUGCGAGGCCACCGCGGCCCGGCGGGGCGAGCCAGUCCCAGCCUCGGAGCGGGGCGGCGGGGAGGCCCGGGCCUCGCGCUGUCUCAGAGCCAGGGCCUUCCCACCUCUGGCCGGCCGGACAGUUACGGCCCCGCUCGGUCGCAGGGCCGCCGCCCCGCCCGGGCCCGCCCUCCGCCACCGCCCUCCGCCACCGCCCGCCCCGGGCCCAAGCCCGGCCCCAGGAGACGCUCCCCCGCCCGCCGCUGCCCUCUCCGGCUGCAAGAUGGCGGCGGGCGACGGUCAGCAGUCGGCGCCGGCCCUCCCCGUCUCGGGACUCCGGGACUCCGCCGCGUCGCCGGCAAGGACCCACGUGGGACACCCCGGCCUUCCCCUACCUCCCGGCCUGGAGUCGCGAGCCAGCCGCGCCUCGGAUUGGGCGGGGCCGGGGCGGAGACCUGGAGGCGGGGCCGGGAGGCGGGGCGGUGGAGACCGGCGCGCUCUGUGGCCCCCGCCCCCUGAGAGGCCCGCGCUUCGAAGGGAGAUGGCACGUUCCUCUGGCUCCUGGCUCUCUGGCUGCCUCGUGGCACUCGUGUUCCUCCGGCUGCCGGCGCCCUUGUCAGGUAGGAGUGGGGACGCCGACGACUACCACCUGGCCCCGCUAGGGGGCACAGCCCAGCUGCUCUGCCCGCUCGCCCUGUGGCCGGUCACCGUGCCCGCCGUGGUGACGUGGCUGCGGGCCCCGAGCCCGGACCGCUCCCAGGUCGUGCACGUGUUCCGGGACGGGAGAGACCGGGAGGAAGGCGUGAUGCCGGAAUACAAGGGGCGGACGGCGCUGCUGAGGGACCCCCGAGAGGGGAGCGUGUCCCUGGAGAUCCGCCACGUCCGGCUGGAGGACCGAGGGCUGUACCAAUGCGAGGUCCAGAUCGGAAACCUGACUCGAAACGGCACCGUGACCCUGCAGGUGGCAGCCCCGUCUCCAGGGAGGAUCUCCUCCUCAGCAGUGGCUCUUGCUGUGAUCCUGCCUGUCCUGGGGAUUCUCAUCAUGGUGGGCAUUUACCUCAUCUGGAAGCAAAGAAGAUCAAAAGAGAAGCUUCUCUAUGAACAGGUGAUGGAGGUAGAAAAUCUUCUCUCAGACCACGCAAAAGAAAAAGGAAGGCUCCAUAAAGCCCUCAAGAAACUCCGGAGUGAACUGAAGUUGAAAAGAGCUGCGGCAAACUCAGGCUGGAGGAGGGCGAGGCUGCACUUUGUGGCAGUGACCCUGGACCCAGACACAGCACAUCCCAAACUCAUCCUGUCUGAGGACCGGCGAUGUGUGAAGCUUGGAGACAGAAGACAGCCUGUACCCGAUGGCCCCCAGAGAUUUGACUUUGUCGUCAGCGUCCUGGGCGCUGAGUACUUCACGAUGGGCUGUCAUUACUGGGAGGUGGAUGUGGGAAACAAGACCAAAUGGGCCCUAGGAGUGUGUAGUGAGUCCGUGAGCAGGAAGGGGAAGGUCACUGCCACGCCCGCCAAUGGACACUGGCUUGUCCGCCAGAGUAGCGAGCAGGAGUAUGAAGCUCUCACAUCCCCGCAGACCACCCUGCGCCUCAAGGAGCCCCCAUGGUGCGUGGGGAUUUUCCUGGACUAUGAAGCAGGCGUCAUUUCCUUCUACAAUGUGACCAGCAGAUCCCACAUCUUUACUUUCACCCACACUUUCUCUGGCCCCCUUCGCCCUUUCUUUGAGCCUUGCCUUCAUGAUGGAGGGAAAAAUACAGCACCUCUAGUCAUCUGCUCGGAACUCCAGAAAUCAGAGCCACCAACUGGCCGCAAGUCAGAAGAAAAAGGCCAUGCAAAUGGAGACGUGGCCAUGAAUGUGGACCCUUCCUUACUCCCUCCUCAGGCACCGGAGCUUUUCCCACCUGGGGAUAUGAUCCUGCCCUGGCCCACUGACCUUGCCCCAGCCCUACAGGGGCUCAAGGUUCCUUCUUUUUAG